AUGGUGGACAAGACAAGAGUGUACAAUUGGUACAUUUCGCUCGUUGCAGCGUCAUGCAUGGUGCUCUACGGUUACGAUGCGUCUGUGUUCAACGCGCUUCAGAACUCGAAGCACUGGAUUGCGUAUUACAAUAAUCCCGGCCCCAACAUCAUCGGGGCUAUCAACACCUCGUACACCGUCGGUGCAGUGGUAGCUGGUUUCUUCAUGGGCGGUCCCCUUGCCGACUAUGCUGGUCGUAGGGUCGGUAUGGCUACCGGCGCGGUGGCCGUCAUAAUCGCCACAUUUAUGCAAACAUUUGCCCCCCGUGGACAAAUUGCCGUCUUCAUCGCUGGUCGUGUUCUCAUCGGUAUCGGCCAGGGUCUAGCACUGACGGCUGGUUCCAUCUACAUUGGUGAACUGGCGCCCUCGGAGAUCCGUGGAAAGAUCAUGUCUUUCUGGCAAAUGUUCUACUCGGUCGGUGCCUUCAUCGCCUACUGGAUCAGUUUCGGGACCUCGAAGCACCACAAGGGUCUCGGCGAGUGGGACUGGAAGAUGGUGGUCAUCUUCCAGCUGCUUAUGCCGUUUCUCAUCGUCUCGCAAGUCUUUUUCAUUCCAGAGUCUCCACGUUGGUACGUGCAAAAAUCGAGGAAUUACGAACAGGCACGCCAGUCUCUGCGCCGUGUCCGCGAGACCGAUGAGGCUGUCGAAGAGGAAAUCACCACGAUCCGUGAGGCCAUUGAGUUUGAAGCCGAGGCCAUCUCCUCUGGUUACUCUGCUCUCUGGAAGGACAAGUCUGUCCGCAAGAGGAUGUACAUUGCCAUGAUCAUCAACGGCGGCCAGCAAAUUACCGGACAAGGAACACUCAACUCGUACAGCUCCAUCAUCUACAAGAAGGUGUUCAAGAACUCCGACACGAUUGCUCUCAUCAAUGCACUCAACGCCACUUUUGGUAUCAUCUUCACGCUCAACGCCACCUGGACUGUCGAUCGCUUUGGCCGCAAGUUCCUUUUUAUUGUUGGUGGUAUCGGCAUGGGAGUCUGCAUGUUGAUCGCCGCCACGGUGGAAACGCAAACCCCAACCUUUGACGGCGCCAAGACUCAGCCCGUGGGAAUUGCCAUCGUCUUCAUCAUGUUCCUCUUCGCCUUCUUCUACAAACCCUCCUGGGGCGCCACCGUUUGGAUCUUCACGGCCGAAAUCUUCUCCAUGAACAUCCGCGCGCAAGCCGUGGGCAUGUGCUCGCAGACCCAAAACGUCGUAAACUCGAUUGUCCAGCAAUUCUUCCCCAUUUUCCUCAAGAACGAGGGCUUUUAUGCGUUUUACAUGUUUGCAGGCAUCAACAUCCUGCUCGCGGUGUUUGUCUGGUUCUUUGUGCCGGAGACGAAGAAGGUAUCGCUCGAGGAGAUGGAUGCUGUGUUUGGCGGGAAGAAUCAUGUUGUCGAGGGUGCGGCCAUUGAAGCAAAGGAUCCGACGAGGAAUGAGAGUGUUGUGGUGGGUGGGGAGAAGGGGGUUGCUGAGAGGAGGGUAUAG